AUGGGGGAGGGACUAUCGCUACUGUCCAAUGUUAUAGGUGUGGUGAGCAAGGUCACCAUUCCAAUGAGUGUGAGAAGAUGUUACAAAUGUGGUAAGACCGAUCAUCGUGCUCCUGAAUGCAAAGACGAUGAUGAUUCCAAGAAGGACAACUUGAUUCGAGGUACUUGUUUUAUUAACAAUAUUGAAUCGGUUACUAUUAUUGAUACUGAUGCUACUCAUUCGUUUAUUUCUCUUGAUUGUGCUACUAUGUUGGGAUUGAAAUUAUCUUAUAUGGAUGGUAGUAUGGUAAUAGAUACUCAUGCUAAUGGUUCUAUUACUACUACUUUUGUUUGUAAGGGAUGUCCUUUGACUAUCUUUGAUAAGAGUUUUGUGAUGGAUUUAGUGUGUCUACCCUUACACCAAAUCGAUGCGAUUCUUGGAAUAAACUGGUUGGAGUUCAACUAUGUUCAUAUCAAUUGUUACAAUAAGACAUUGAGUUUUAAUUGA